GAUGACAAGAUGGCCGGCUGUGUGUUUCCAAUGGGACCAGAGAGCUUUCAGCGCUUCACGCCGGACUCCCUGGCGGCCAUCGAGCAGCGCAUCGCCAAGGAGGAGGCCCGCCGCAACAAGCACUACCAGGAGGACCUCGGCGACGUGGAGGUCCCUCGGCCCCGGGCCGACCUGGAGGCGGGCAAGCAGCUGCCGCGCAUCUACGCCGACAUCCCCCCUCACCUGGUGGGCGUCCCCCUGGAGGACAUCGACCCAUACUACUUCAAAGAUCAGAGGACCUUCAUAGUGUUGAACAAAGGCAAAGCCAUCUUUCGCUUCAACGCCACGUCGGCGCUCUACUUCUUCAGCCCCUUUCACCCCGUGCGCACCGUCGCCAUCAGGAUCCUGGUGCACUCAUUGUUCAGUUUGUUCAUCAUGUGCACCAUCCUGACCAACUGCUGCUUCAUGGCCAUGUCGGAACCCGCCGUCUGGGCCAAAUAUGUCGAGUACACCUUUACGGGCAUCUACACCUUCGAGUCACUGAUCAAGAUCUUGGCCAGGGGCUUCUGCGUGGGUCCCUUCACCUUCCUACGAGACCCCUGGAACUGGCUGGACUUUAGCGUCAUCGUCAUGGCAUAUGUCACUGAGUUUGUCGACCUGGGUAAUGUGUCGGCCUUGCGGACGUUCAGGGUGCUGCGAGCGCUCAAAACCAUCUCAGUCAUCCCAGGCCUGAAGACCAUCGUGGGCGCCCUGAUCCAGUCGGUCAAGAAGCUGGCCGACGUGAUGAUCCUGACCGUCUUCUGCCUGAGCGUCUUCGCACUGAUCGGCCUGCAGCUCUUCAUGGGCAACCUGCGGCAAAAGUGCGUCCGCAGCACGGCGCACUGCGUUAACGACAGCCUGCCCGCCAACGCCUCCUUCUUCUGCAACAACAAGACCUGGACCUCCGUCAGGCACUUCAUUAGCGAUGAGGACAACUUCUACAAGGUGGAAGGCGCCAAGGACGCGCUAAUCUGCGGCAACAGCAGCGACGCGGGGAAGUGCCCGGAUGGUUUCGAGUGCCUGAAGGCGGGCCGCAACCCCAACUACGGCUACACCAGUUUCGACACCUUCGGCUGGGCCUUCCUGUCGCUCUUCCGCCUCAUGACUCAAGACUACUGGGAGAACCUCUACCACCAGACGCUGCGCUCGGCCGGAAAGACCUACAUGGUGUUCUUCGUGGUGGUCAUCUUCCUGGGCUCCUUUUACCUGGUCAACCUGAUCCUGGCCGUGGUGGCCAUGGCCUACGAGGAGCAGAACCAGGCCACCAUCGCCGAGGCCUGUCAGAAAGAACGCGAGUUUCAGCUGGCCGUCGAGCGCCUCAAGAAGGAGCAGCAGGCGGCCGCCCUGAAAGCCCCGGACUCGGACUCGCCGCCGUCCCCGGAAGCGUCUCCCUCGGACCUUCGGGAGGAGCGACGGCGCAGUCGGGCGCUGGUGGCCGCGGGCGACGUGGAGGCCAACCUGUCGGAGGAGAAGCUGCUGCAGCCGGACGGCAAAGAGAGCUCCAAGGCCCUCCACCCCCUGCUGGCUCGCUCUUUCUCCACCAGAACCCGUCGGAGCAGCCAGGUGUCGUCCAUCUUCAACUUCCGCCUGAGGAGCCGCGGCUCGGAGGCCGAGAUGGCCGACGACGAGUACAGCGUGCCGGGCGACGUGGCGGAGGCCGGCGCCGGCGGUCGCACGUACAGCGGCGGCACCUUCGCCGGGAUCCUGGCCCAACCUUGGCCCAAACGCCGACCCAGCACCUACAGCAACGCCAGCAGGAACUCGCAGGUAUUUUACCCCACCCUGAACAUCAACGGGAAGCUCUUCGUGGCCAUGGAGCAGAACGGGGUGCUCUCGCCGCCGCCGUCGCUGCCCGCCUGUACCAUGGAGAAGGUCAAGGAGGAGAGCGUACCCACGUCAGGCACGGAGCCGGGCGCGGUUAACCUCCCUCGGCCUGGUUCGGAGCGGCGGGGACGAGCGCCGAGCGCCGCCAGCCACCUGACGGACGCCAUGGAAGAACUGGAGGAGGCGCAGAAGAAAUGCCACCCGUGCUGGUACGCCUUCGCCCAGCGGCACCUGGUGUGGGAGUGCUCCCCCUGGUGGCUGCGGGUCAAGCGUCUGGUCAAGCUGAUGGUGAUGGACCCCUUCCUGGACCUGGCUAUCACCGUCUGCAUUGUCCUCAACACGCUCUUCAUGGCCAUGGAACACUACCCCAUGACGGAUGACUUCAACGGCAUGCUCACUGUCGGCAACCUGGUGUUCUCGGGCAUCUUCACGGCGGAGAUGUUGCUGAAGAUCAUCGCCCUGGACCCGUACUACUACUUCCAGACGGGCUGGAACAUCUUUGACAGCAUCAUUGUGUGCCUGAGCCUGAUGGAGCUGGGCCUCUCCGACGUGGAGGGACUCAGCGUGCUGCGCUCCUUCCGACUGCUGCGCGUCUUCAAGCUGGCGCGCUCGUGGCCAACGCUCAACACGCUGAUCAAGAUCAUCGGAAACUCCAUGGGCGCCCUGGGCAACCUGACCCUGGUGCUGGCCAUUAUCGUCUUCAUAUUCGCCGUGGUGGGCAUGCAGCUCUUUGGAAAGAACUACCAGGACUGCGUGUGCAAAAUCUCCAAGGACUGCUCGCUCCCACGUUGGCACAUGAAGGACUUUUUCCACUCCUUUCUCAUCGUCUUCCGCGUGCUGUGCGGCGAGUGGAUCGAGACCAUGUGGGACUGCAUGGAGGUGGCCGGCCAGCCGCUCUGCAUCCUGGUCUUCAUGCUGGUUAUGGUUAUCGGCAACCUGGUGCUGCUGAACCUGUUCCUGGCGCUGCUCCUCAGCAGCUUCAGCUCGGACAACCUUUCGGCGCCGGAUGACGACGGCGAGAUGAACAACCUGCACAUCGCCCUGCACAGGAUCGGGCGGGGCUUGGCCUGGUGCCGCCGCCAGGUGUUGGAUUUCUUCAACGGGAACCUGAAGCGGCGUCGGCAGAACCGCAAGGAGGCCCAAAGCAUGCUGAAGCUGAAGCGUUUGAGCGGCGUCCGCGCCGAAGCCAACGGCGGCGUGCUCCACCUGCCGGGCCGCCACGUGGAGAAGUACGCGGCGCCCGAAGACGACAGCUACGUGACCGACCCCAACCUGACCGUCAGCGUACCCAUCGCGCCCGGCGAGUCCGACGUGGAGUUCCCGGAGGAGGAUGAGGACGACGAUGACGAUGAGGUGGACCGAGACGACCGCAGCGACGACUCGCGGGAAGACGACGCCGAGCGCCAACAGAAGGACGACGUCAGCCUAUCGGAGGGCAGCACGGUGGACCUGAGGAAGCCCGGCGACGAGGAAGACGAGUACUCUGAGAUGGCCGAAGAGGCCGCGGACCCCGAAAACUGCUUCCCCGACAUGUGCACGAGCAGAUUCAAGUGCUGCGAGGUGGACACCACGACGGGGUUGGGUCAGGUGUGGUGGCGCAUGAGGAAGACGUGCUACCACAUCGUGGAGCACAGCUGGUUCGAGUCUUUCAUCAUCUUCAUGAUCCUGCUCAGCUCGGGCGCGCUGGCGUUCGAGGACAUCUACAUCGAGCAGAGGAAGGUGGUGAAGGUGGUGCUGGAGUACGCCGACAAGAUCUUCACUUACAUUUUCAUCCUGGAGAUGAUGCUCAAGUGGCUUGCGUACGGAUUUAAGAAGUAUUUUACCAACUACUGGUGCUGGCUGGACUUUCUCAUCGUUGACGUGUCGCUGGUCAGCCUGGUGGCCAACACGUUGGGUUAUUCGGACUUUGCCGCCAUCAAAUCCUUGCGGACGCUGCGGGCGCUCCGACCGCUGCGGGCGUUGUCCCGCUUUGAAGGCAUGCGGGUGGUGGUGAACGCGCUGAUCGGCGCCAUCCCCUCCAUCAUGAACGUGCUGCUGGUGUGCUUGAUCUUCUGGCUGAUCUUCAGCAUCAUGGGCGUCAACCUGUUCGCCGGCAAGUUCGGGCGCUGCGUCAACCGCACGGGCCACGUCCACGACGCCGCUCGGGUCAACAACAGGUCCGAGUGCGACGCCCUCAACGACACCUCGCUCUACUACUGGACUAAGGUCAAGGUCAACUUUGACAACGUCGGCGCCGGCUACCUGGCGCUCCUGCAAGUGGCGACAUUCAAAGGCUGGAUGGAGAUCAUGUACGCAGCGGUGGACUCUCGAGCCGUGGAGGAGCAGCCCAUCAAGGAGAUCAACCUGUAUAUGUACCUGUACUUUGUCAUCUUCAUCAUCUUCGGCUCCUUCUUCACCCUCAACCUCUUCAUCGGCGUCAUCAUCGACAACUUCAACCAGCAGAAGAGGAAGUUAGGAGGUCAGGACAUCUUCAUGACGGAGGAGCAGAAGAAGUACUACAACGCCAUGAAGAAGUUGGGCUCCAAGAAACCCCAGAAGCCCAUUCCCAGACCUCUGAACGAAGUGCAGGGCUUCUUCUUCGACGUGGUGGCCAAGCAGGCGUUCGACAUCAUCAUCAUGGUUCUGAUCCUGCUCAACAUGAUCACCAUGAUGGUGGAGACGGACGAGCAGUCGCCGCAGAUGGAGCGCGUCCUCAACAACAUCAACGUGGCCUUCAUCGUGCUCUUCACCUCCGAGUGCAUCCUCAAAAUCGUGGCGUUGCGCUGCUACUUCUUCACCGUGGGCUGGAACAUCUUCGACUUCGUGGUGGUCAUCCUCUCCAUCGUCGGCAUCGUGUUGGCCGACAUCAUCGAGAAGUACUUCGUGUCUCCGACGCUGUUCCGGGUGAUCCGUCUGGCGCGCAUCGGGCGCAUCCUGCGGCUGAUCCGCGGCGCCAAGGGCAUCCGCACGCUGCUGUUCGCGCUGAUGAUGUCGCUGCCGGCGCUCUUCAACAUCGGUCUGCUCCUCUUCCUGGUCAUGUUCAUCUACGCCAUCUUCGGCAUGGCCAACUUCGCCUACGUGAAGCGGCAGGCGGGCAUCGACGACAUGUUCAACUUCGAGACCUUCGGCAACAGCAUGAUCUGCCUGUUCCAGAUCACCACCUCGGCGGGCUGGGACGGCCUCCUCAGCCCCAUCCUCAACAACUCGCCCGAGGAGUGCGACCCGCGGGCGGCGCACACCGGCACGGGCCAGCGUGGCAACUGCGGCAACCCCUCGGUGGGCAUCGCCUUUUUCGUCACCUACAUCAUCAUCUCCUUCCUCAUCGUGGUCAACAUGUACAUCGCCAUCAUCCUGGAGAACUUCAGCGUGGCCACCGAGGAGAGCACCGAGCCGCUGAGCGAGGACGACUUUGAGAUGUUCUACGAGGUGUGGGAGAAGUUCGACCCGGAGGCCACGCAGUUCAUAGAGUACGCCAAGCUGUCCGACUUCGCCGACUCGCUGUCGGAGCCGCUGCGCAUCGGCAAGCCCAACAAGAUCAAGCUCAUCUCCAUGGACCUGCCCAUGGUCAGCGGCGACAAGAUCCACUGCCUGGACAUACUCUUCGCCUUCACCAAGCGCGUGCUGGGCGAGUCGGGCGAGAUGGACGCCCUCAAGCAGCAGAUGGAGGAGAAGUUCAUGAUGGCCAACCCCUCCAAGAUCUCCUACGAGCCCAUCACCACCACGCUGCGCCGCAAGCAGGAGGACGUGUCGGCCGCCGUCAUCCAGCGCUGCUACCGCCGACACCUGGUGCGCCGCCAGCUCAAGGCCGCCUCCUACCUCUACCGCCGGAUCGUCACGCCGCGCCGGCAGCUCGGCCGGGACGACGACCGAGACGACGACGACGACGAAGGGGCGCCGGAGAAGGAGGGCCUGAUCGCCGCCAUGAUACGCGAGAACUACGGCUCCGGGCCUGUGGGCGCCGAGCGUUCCGAGACCGUCUCGUCCGCUUCCUCGCCGCCGUCCUACGCCAGCGUGGCGCCGACGCCGCCCGACCCGACCCGAAGUCGACCCUAA